AUGUCGGCCGGUGGGGCUGUGGAGCCUGGGCUCCCGGCGGCGGCUGCCGCUCCCUCGCCCGCCCCGGCUCGGGAUCCCGGGCCGGGGCGCUUGUUCCGGCCUAUCAGUGCUGAGGACGAGGAGCAGCAGCCCACUGAGAUCGAGUCGCUGUGCAUGAACUGUUACCGCAAUGGCAUGACGCGCCUCCUGCUCACCAAGAUCCCCUUCUUCAGAGAAAUAAUCGUGAGCUCCUUUUCCUGCGAGCACUGUGGCUGGAACAACACGGAGAUCCAGUCGGCGGGCAGGAUCCAGGACCAGGGAGUGCGCUACACUUUGACUGUCAGGGCUCAGGAGGACAUGGAUAGAGAAGUAGUGAAGACUGACUCUGCCACCACUAGGAUCCCAGAGCUGGAUUUUGAAAUUCCUGCCUUCAGCCAGAAAGGAGCUCUGACUACUGUUGAAGGAUUGAUCAGCCGUGCUAUCUCUGGCCUGGAGCAGGAUCAGCCCACUCGAAGGGAGAACGAAGAAGCUGUGGCUGAAAGAAUUGAUGAAUUCAUUGCCAAACUGAAAGAGCUAAAGCAAGUGGCCUCUCCUUUCACAUUAAUCAUUGAUGAUCCCUCAGGAAACAGCUUUGUGGAAAACCCACAUGCUCCCCGGAAAGAUGAUGCCCUGGUGAUCACACACUAUAAUCGGACUCUGCAGCAGGAGGAAAUGCUGGGGCUCCAGGCAGAGGCACCAGAAGAGAAGCCAGAAGAGGAAGAUAUCAGAAAUGAAGUGCUCCAGUUCAACACUAAUUGCCCAGAAUGCAAUGCUCCAGCCCAGACUAACAUGAAGCUAGUUCAAAUCCCUCACUUUAAGGAGGUUAUCAUCAUGGCUACCAACUGCGAGAACUGCGGCCAUCGGACCAAUGAGGUGAAAUCUGGAGGAGCUGUGGAGCCCUUGGGCACCAGGAUCACCUUCCACAUCACCGAUCCCUCAGAUAUGACCAGAGAUCUGCUCAAGUCUGAGACAUGCAGUGUAGAAAUCCCAGAGCUGGAAUUUGAACUGGGAAUGGCUGUCCUUGGGGGCAAGUUCACCACACUGGAGGGGAUGCUGAAAGACAUCCGGGAACUGGUAACCAAGAACCCUUUCACACUGGGUGACAGCUCCAGUCCUGGCCAGACAGAGAAACUACAGGAGUUUAGUCAGAAGUUGGACCAGAUCCUCGAGGGUAUUUUGAAGGCUCACUUUAUUAUGGAUGAUCCGGCAGGAAACAGCUACUUGCAGAAUGUGUAUGCACCUGAAGAUGAUCCUGAGAUGAAGGUAGAGCAUUAUAAGCGCACAUUUGACCAAAACGAGGAGCUGGGGCUCAACGACAUGAAGACAGAGGGCUAUGAAACAGGGCUGCCUGCCCAGCGGUAG